UCCUUCAUCUCUGACAGUGACUGACAGGUUAGAGGGAGUGUCACGUGACGUUUAAAUACCCUGUGAUUUUCAGCUCCGCCACCGCUCUCUUGAGCAACCCUCCCUCUCUCCUCCUCCUCCCGCUCUGUCACUCCCCUUCUUUAUCCAUCCUUUUUUUUCUGAGCACAGGAGGAUUGUUAUUGUGCAGCAUCCCCUGCCAGUCCGACACUGCCUCUGGGCCGAUGCUGCAUCCCCCCCCCCCUCCUCCUCCUCCCACACUGGCAGACGCGGGAAGAACUGGACCAACCUGCUCGCCCUCCCUCCCUCAUCCAGCCUGAUCUAAAGCCUGACUUGGACUGACGUCUCGAGGGAUACACAAGCUUUCUUCUGGACACAUCCAAAGGACUGCCAUCUUUACAGGAGAGAAAAAAAAAGUAUUAAUUCAUCAUUCAGUAAUUCUUCCGUUUGACACCUUAUUUAAACCUAGCAUCUUUUCUUUUCUAUUUGGACAUAUCCCAGGACUGCUAUUUCUGCAAACACAAAGCUUUAGGACAUAUCCCUGUGCUACUAUAUUAUCAAACUCGCUUUUUGGAAAUAUCACAGGGGAUAAAGGCAUAAUCCAUCAGACGAUCAGAGCUGGACAAAUAGACUGUAACCCCAUGCUGUAGCAGACUGCUAGCGGGAAGCCUUCAUCAGAGGGAGCACCAGAGGGACCAGAGAGAGAGAGAGGGAGCGAGAGAGAGAGCGAAAGAGCGAAAGGAUAGCUGUACUCAGAAAGUCAAAAUGACCAAAAUGGAACACCUGGACACCCAGUGAUCCAGAGCCAUUCGGAAGAGAGCGUUCUACUGCAGAAAAGCCUGAGCAUCGCUCUGGACAUGAAUGGCAAGGCUGGCCGGAGAGAGCCGGAGAACGGCACCGGCACCAACGGCAACACAAGCCACAGCAACACCGGCCACGGCAACACCGGCCACGGCAACGCCAACGGCAACAACACCGCCAUGGUGAUGGAGGCGCAGCCGGACACACAGCAGCCCCAUGUGCGGGUUUCGCGGCCGUCCAAGAAGGCGGCGACAUUUGGCAAGCGCUCCAACUCGAUGCGCCGGAACCCCAAGGCAGAGGUCGCCAAACAAGGGUGGCUCCACAAGCAGGCCAGCAGUGGCGUCAAACAAUGGAACAAGCGCUGGUUCGUGCUGACCGAUCGAUGUCUUUUCUACUAUAAAGACGAGAAAGAAGAAGGGGUGCUGGGGAGUCUUCCCCUGCUCAGCUUCCACGUCGGACCUUGUCAGCCCUCGGACAACAUCAGCCGCAAGUACGCCUUUAAGGUGUGGUAUGAGGAGGAGGCGGAGCAAGACGGGACAGACAGUAAGGGAAGCAUUGCGUUCUGUCUGCAGGUGGGGCACCCAGGAACUCGUACCUACUACUUCAGCGCCGAGUGCCAGGAGGAACAAGAGGAGUGGGUGAAUGCAAUGUGGGACGCAGCCAGCGUUCAGGUCUCUCACACACCAAGCAGGAGCGAUUCUGAACUCACCCCUUCAGAGGAGCUGAACCACAACCAGGUGCCCAAAGACCCAGCGCUGGAGACCAAUGGGGAGGCCGAUGCCACCCAGAAACUCAGCCUAUCCCCAGCCAGAGCUCGGCACCAAAUGAACGGAAACGCAGACACACCGGAGAGCAGAGCACCCCCUAGGAGGCCUCAGGAGCAUGAUGACAGGAUGGGGGGGCCUCACCGGCCUCAGCAUCCCAAUGGUUGGGGGAACUAUGGGCCGCCCAGCAGCCCGGCUUACCCCCAGGCCCAGCAGGGGAACCAGCGGCCGGAGAGCGUGGCGAUGCGGGAGAGCGUGGCGAUGCGGGAGAGCGUGGCGAUGCGGCAGAGCAUCGCGCCCCACAACGUCCCGGAGAGGCUGGCCCAGAGGAAGAGCUCCAUGACCCAGCUGCAGCAGUGGGUCAACCAGCGCCGCGGCAUGGCCGCCCAGGAGGACCUGCGCAGCCCCUCACGAUACUACCCAGGGAACCGUGGCAUGGCAGACUACUAUGGUGGGUACGCUGGGCCACAGUACAUGGAGGAGUACCCUAUGUACCCGCCAGGCAUGCGGCCGGACAGCAUCUGCUCGGCCUCGACCGCGUAUGAGCACCUCCCCCCACGCUGGACGGCGGAGGAGAAGCGGCGGUCCCUGCGCGAUGGCGGCGCCAUGUUCCGUGAGCCCCAGUGGCAUCCCGGCACGCCGGCCCAGGCCUACUACGGCCCUGCGGAUCCCCUGCACGGCUCCAUGCGCCGCCUCUCCAUCCAGCCGCGCUCCCGCUCCGUCCCGCGUUCACCCUCUUCCUCAGUCUCCGGGGGGCCCUACUCGCCGGGGCCGCACCUCUACGCCUCGCCCCUCCGCUCGCCCAGCACCCACUUCGACAGGGGGGGCCCCGGCCGGCCCCGGGACGAUCUCAUCUACGCCAACCCUGCGGCUUACGGCCUGCGGCGCUCGCUCAGCUCGCCAAAGUAUGACUAUCCUGGAGAUCGGCAGUCCAUUAGUCAAGGACUAUACCCUUACAACUACCCAGCAUCACCUGCUCAGCACAAUAAAAUGGAUGAUAUUUUAGACCUGCAGCUUCAGCGCAAUUUGGAAUACCUUGAUCAACAGGUGACUGAAGGAGAUCACCUAAUCAGCAUGGUAACCAGAAUGGUUGAGCGUACUUCCCCUCGACCAAAGUUAUACUCACAAGUGCCUCCAUUCCAUGAUGUCUAUAGAGACCUUCAUCCUACCCUGAAGCUCAAUGAGAUGGAGACAAGUAAACUUCUGGGCCGAUUGUGUGAGCACCACCGAUUUAUGAAGGAACAUGAGGCAGUGGUCCACCGGUUGCGGAUGGAUAAGGAUACCCUGGAGGAGGCGCUGGUGGCCACGCACCAGGAGAUGGAGAUGUACAGGAGUCAGGCCAUGAGCUCAGACAAGCUGCAGAUGAAGAAGGAGACUCUUCAGAGUCAGCUGAUCAACAUUCGUGGAGAGCUCUCCCAAGCCUCCAGUGCAUUGACAUCCACCAGAGUGGAGUUUGAGGCUUUAGAGGAUGAAGUCAACGCCAUCCAUGGGGACCUCUGGGAACAACUAAAUGCUGGUGGGCAGAGUGAACUGGUACACAGACACAUUCAGAAGGAGUUCUGGAGGGUCCAAGAUGUGUUAGAGGGGCUGCACAAGAACAACCUCUCUCGUGGGACAGACACUGCUAAGCACAGAGUGGCUAGUGGGGCAUCGGGUUCCUUCUGCACAAAUAGUCCUGCCAGUCCCCUGAGCUCUGUUAGCCUCACUAGCCCCCUGAGCCCCUUCUCCCCUGUCUCUGGCUCCCAGGUGUCCCCCACCAAGCAGACAGGCUCAGAGGACAAUGGGCCUCCGAGGCCACCCCUCCCUAAGUCCUACCUCCCCUUGGAGACCUCCCCCACUGCCCCACCCUCUGUACCCCCCUUGCCCUCUUACAGCAGUGCCUGGCACUCUAGCAGCCUAGAGGACCCCUACAGAGAUGACGACAAUGACUACCGCGGAAGAAAGCAGAGGCACUCAUCUGGAGAUAAGACCAGUUAUAGUGACCAGUACUUGGAGCAAACUAAUGUAAACAAAGUAGGCAUAGUUCCUCCAGUGGCGAGGUCUCCCAAUGAGGACCACACCAGGAGCUCCGCCCCCAUCCAUCGGAGAAAUGGAAAGGUGUCCAAUGGCCAUAUCUCCAGGGAGCGACCGAAGAGUGCAGUGUUCCCCGCAGAGGUGAAGUCCAAGAUGAGCGUGGAGGAGCAGAACGAACGCAUCAGACGGAACCUUAGCAACUCGGUCAGGGACAAGAGGCGCAGUCUGAACCUGUCCAGCUCCCAACAGUUAGACGGGGCCAAGCCCAGCUACAGGGUGGUGAGGAGGAGACAAACAGCACACGAGGUCGACAUUAAAGACCUGGAGGCCGCAGUUCGAGGAGAAGGGUUGGAGACGCCGCGGGAGGAGAUUGCCCGCCUGCGGCGACUACAGAUUGAGCCACAGCACUACGACCUGGACAUCAGCAAAGAGUUAUUAGCACCAGACAAGAUUUUGAUCCCUGAGCGGUACUUUGACGUAGAUCCCAGCAAACCUCUAAGCCCUGAGGAGAUGCGUGAAAAACAGAAGAAAGUGGAGAGGAUCAAGACUCUUAUCGCCAAAUCAAACCUGCAGAACGUAGUUCCCCAGCUAGACGGCCCAGUUGAGGGCCAGCCCAACCCCGAGCAGCAGCUGCACGAGCAGGAGAAGCGUAUCGAGAUCUCCUGCGCCCUGGCUGCCGAGGCCUCGCGCCGCAGCCGCCUGCUGUCUGCCCCGUGUGGCCCCAGCCCCCCCACCUCCCCCACCAGCCUGGCCCCUCCCCCUUCUGCUGAGUUCUCUGAAUCCUCCCACGUCAUGAAAGUGUGAGCCCGUGCAGCGCAAGCCCUGGCUGCCGUGAAGUUUGAUGGUGCAUCCUUCUGAAGAUGCACAGAGACCCACUGGACAAAGCAACUAUAUUUUGUCUCCCCCCAAACACUGUAAUUCUCUCGAUCGACCUUUCACAACAGUUGGAGAGGAAAUGUGACAAGAUGUUUGGAGAAUAGAUUACAUGUCCCGUAAUCAUUGUGGACGCAGUCAUCUGACAGGAGCGAGGCUACAGGCCACCCACCACCAGAGGGCAGCACUUCAGACCCACUUCCCCUCUAUCACUCUUUGCAUUGACACGCUUCUGUUGGGGCCUUAUAGACAUAUCAGCAAACCUUGGCAGGAAAACAGCCACACUAAUAACCAGUGAUGUUAUUUUACAUUUGAAACAUACUGAAACACUUUGGGUUGCAGCAGUAUCAUAUAUCAAGCUAUAAAACUAGCCAGAGGAGGUCAUGUUUACUUGCUCUGCCACUUUGGAAGUGACAAGCUCAGGGUAGAACCUGUGGUCAGACAAGUGAGAUGAGAAGGGAGCCGCCCGAAUAGAAUGCAGUGGUUAGACAGGGAUGUCAGACAGGUGGAAUUCUGGUAUGUGCCACUAGAGGGCUCUCCCAGAGAGAUGAAAGUCAGUCGGACCCGGUAGUCAGUGGAGGAUGCCCUUCGCCAGAGGAGACAGGACCAGUCCGAAAAUGAUGGUUUGAGUGGAACACGACACAUGUAGCAGUAAGUGACCAUUUACUUGGCGAAGCUGUUGUUUCAGUUUCAAGUCCGAAGCUUUGUACAAUGCAGUACACCGAGCUCCCUGUACACAGUAGGGUAGAGACAUAUAGAAAAAAUGUGGUCCUAUUGAUUUCAUUUUCCCCCAGUCUGGACAUAGACACAAUUGCACAGGACUUCCCACAGUACCCAAAACAUUACCAGAAGGGCUUCUGUGUCCAAUGCUAGCGUAGGUAUCCAAUCUUUGACCAAUUACUCUGGAGACGGAGAGUAGCCGAGGACUGUAGCGGAAAGCUAGACUCACUGUGACUCCUCUGUCCUCGUUCACCCGUCAACAUAGGGCUUUCCAGUGGUCAAACAUCUCAAACUCAGACAGAAUCCCAACGUCCAACCAAAUCCCAGCCGUCUGUCGGAAGUUAGCAUAUCUAAUACAAUACAAGUACUGAUGUAAAUAUUAACUACACCUUCACAUCAAAGCCAUGUGGACUACACUUAGUGCUUCAACUGCUAGGACCAUACUUUGGUGGUACCUAAAUACUAAUUGUUUUGGUGAACUAUUAUUUCAAGAGAAUAGAGGUUGAAAAAGCAAAACAACAAUAAAGAAGUGACCUUAGAAAUGUCUGCUAGUGCAAAUAUGUGUCUAAGAUGGGCCAGCAACUUGAAACGCAGAGAUGAUAAUGAUUAUUGAAGUAAUUAUGACUAUUAUGAUGAGGAUUAAAGUACAUAAGCAUGAUAUGGGGCUGCAUUUCACUGAGCCUGAAGCAUAUAUCACUGUGCCAUUUCUGGAUGGAACUGUGCUUGGGCAAGUCCGUUUUUUGUUGAUACAUGGAUCCUGUUUGUUACGGAUAUUACUAUUGUAACUAUUUUUCUAUGUCUACAAACACCUUUUGAUGUGUCAUCAGCCAACAGUAGUUUUGACCAUUCGGAAAAGCUGUCUGCUCCUUCCUGUGUCUUUAUACCUGAUUUGUUUACAAAGACGUUGUCCUUAUUUCAUCUCUCAGCCUCCAUGUCACGUACCGAAGCAUUGCCUCAUCGCUCCCAAAACAGGCUCUGCAUACAAGUUGUUGACCUAUCAACCACUGUUGUGUCUCUGUAUAGGAAGGUUCCAUUUGUUGUGUGGUUCACCACCUGUGUUUUCUAAAGCGAGGUCUAAAAGUGGGUUUUCAGUGCAUAGAUCUAGUACGCAGGUACACAGAGAGAUGUUGUUUUUCUUUCAUCUGUCAUUUUUCUCAGUAUCAUAUUUACAUAAUAGAAAAAAAUACCUACAGGAAGCUGUGCUGACUGUAUCGAAAUGUCAUAUUUGACAGCAAGAAGAGAACAUUUGUAUGCCACAGUCAGUUUUAUUGAUCCCACAAAAGAUAUGCAGGCAGAAGUGACUCGAAGCUAUAUUUUUUAUUCUUUUUGAAGAAGGUUUUAAAAAACACAAAGGUCAAGAAGAUGCAGUAAAUAUUUUUUUAAACAUGGGAAUUUGACGACAGGUCAGUGAAUACAAAAAGAAAAAGAAACUAUAGAUAGUUUCUCUUUUUUUCAUGUACUGGGAAGAUAUUUUUAAUUUAUUGAUUCUAAGAAUUGACUGAACGGCUUUGGUCAGAGACAACCGCGAAAACAUAUUUUUGAAUAAUUUGGGGGAUAAUGAUGUGUUGAAAAAAAAUGAUAAAAAACAUUCAAAGUACAGGUUUCCACUAUUUGCAGCAUAUGAGGCCAAGUUGGACAGGGACAAAAUGAGUAUAUUGGUCUGUGUACAUAUUUAUGAUCUAGGCUGUAUCUGUAUAAAUAAUACAUGUUGCUACUUUUGGGAAAACAGAAUUUGCUUGAACUAUGCAAACAUGAAUAAACAUGAUAAAUAUGCUUGCUUUAGAAAUACCCUCAUGCAAUAAAGUGAAUGUAUACAAAA